CCAGACUGGCCCUCGCCCCCCGGCCGGCCCUAUCCUGCCCGGCCCGCUGCCCGCAGCCCGGGAGUCACGUCUCCUGCAAUCCCCAGCCGGCCCUCUGCCCGCGCUGUUAGUGUUGCACUCCGCCACCGCAGAGCCCGCGGACAUGUCCUUCCCGCAGCUGGGCUACCCCCAAUACCUAAGCGCCGCGGGCCCAGGCGCCUAUGGUGGAGAGCGCCCUGGGGUGCUGGCUGCGGCCGCAGCUGCGGCGGCCGCCGCCUCGUCGGGCCGGCCGGGGACCGCGGAACUGGGAGCAGGCGCAGGAGCGGCCGCAGUUACCUCGGUGCUAGGCAUGUACGCCGCGGCUGGACCGUACGCGGGCGCACCCAACUACAGCGCCUUCCUGCCCUACGCUGCAGACCUCAGCCUCUUUUCUCAAAUGGGCUCUCAGUAUGAACUAAAGGACAACCCCGGGGUGCACCCAGCUACUUUCGCUGCCCACACGACGCCUGCUUAUUACCCCUAUGGCCAGUUCCAAUACGGGGACCCCGGGCGACCCAAGAACGCCACGCGAGAGAGUACCAGCACGCUGAAAGCCUGGCUCAAUGAACAUCGCAAGAACCCGUACCCCACCAAGGGAGAGAAAAUCAUGCUGGCCAUCAUCACCAAGAUGACCCUCACACAGGUCUCCACCUGGUUCGCCAAUGCCCGCCGCCGCCUCAAGAAGGAGAACAAGGUUACUUGGGGGGCACGCAGCAAGGACCAGGAAGAUGGCGCCCUCUUUGGCAGUGACACAGAGGGCGACCCUGAGAAAGCCGAGGACGACGAGGAGAUCGACUUGGAGAGCAUUGACAUCGACCAGAUCGACGAGCGUGAUGGUGACCAGAGUAACGAAGAUGAUGAAGAAAAGGCGGAGGCUCCUAGGGCGCGCAUAGUCCCCACCACACCAGCUAGGGACCAGAGCUCACCCCUGUCGGCCGCUGACACACUCAAGUCCCAAGAUUCGCACUUGGGCCUGGCUAAAGAGGUCUCAGAGCCCGGCAGCACUCGCCUGCUGAGUCCUGGCGCCGCGGCGGUAGGCCUGCAGGGCGCGCCGCACAGCAAGCCCAAGAUCUGGUCUCUAGCUGAGACAGCCACUAGCCCCGACGGUGCUCCCAAGGCAUCUCCGCCGCCGCCCUCCAGCCAUCCCAGCGCACACGGACCUCCCAGCGGCUCAUCCCUGCAACACCCGGCCUUUCUGCCCAGCCACGGACUGUACACCUGUCACAUAGGCAAGUUUUCCAACUGGACCAACGGCGCUUUCCUAGCACAGGGCUCCCUGCUGAACAUGCGCUCCUUCCUGGGCGUCGGCGCGCCGCACGCAGCACCUCAUGGCCCACACCUGACCGCACCACCACCUCCACAGCCGCCUGUCCAAGUUGCCACUGGGGUGCUUCACGGUGAGAAGGCCUCAGCGCGUAACAGUCCCGCACUUCCAGAGAGAGACCUAGUCCCCAGGCCGGAUUCGCCCCCACAGCAGUUAAAGUCGCCCUUCCAACCUGUGCGCGACAACUCGCUGGCCCCGCAGGAGGGAACGCCUCGGAUCCUCGCAGCCCUCUCGUCUGCCUGAUUAAGGGUCGUCUUUUACUUUCGCCGGGGGAGGGGAGGGGGGGGGAGGGGGAGGGAGGAGACGAGGGAAGAAUUAAGACAAAUAUUUGAGACUUGUGUAAAGGACAAACAUGCCGGCGGAGUCAGCGAUUCUCACGCAUCGCUCUCUGCAGAAAGGGGCUCAUCUGCCUAAGCGCUUGAGGGGUGGGCAGUCUCUGCCUGCCUCUAGGGCUGAUUAUCCGAUUCGGUAAAUGCCCCCUGUGUUUGUGUCUUCUUUUCUUUGUUUCUUUUUUCCCUCCCUUUCUGUAUAUAGCGUGAUUUCAGAUUGUAAAUAGCGCGUCAGCGAACUUGUUUAAAUCAUAUAUUUUUGUCUAAUAAACUAAAUGAAACUAUGUCCAAGCUGCUGCAGCUGUUUGUCCUGGUGCCCCUGGGUUUUGGGGGAGGCGAGGGUGUAUGCGAUCUUGAAAUCCUGGGCACAGGCCAGGAGGCUGUGGUUAUGCCAGCGACUCCUUUGGGAGUAGGGUAUUGGAACAGUGUUCCCACCGAACAAAC